CGCCGCCAUCAUCACCGCCUCCGUCCCAUCAGCAUAGCCCCCCAGUUGGCUUGCCUCUGAGGAAGACGUAGUGUGCCGCUCCUUUAUCAAGAUGUGGUGAGGCAGGCAGGAAAGACCCUCCCCCCCCCACACCUCUGCUUCGCAACCCCUCCCCCAAACUUCGGGACAGAGGACGGGAAGGAGGAGGAUUCGAAGUUGCCGCGCCCCGAAAGGGUGCUUGGACAGAGCCCGACACCGGAGUAGGUGAACGAGGAGGAAAUCAGCAAUUUGGGAUUCAUUUCGGCUGACGCCCUGCCUAGGUUCUGCGUCCUGCUGGUAGACUAGAACAACCAUGUUUCGGAACAGUCUCAAGAUGCUUCUUACAGGUGGUAAAUCAAACCGUAAGAACAGAUCCAGUGAUGGAGGAAGCGAGGAGCCACAAGAUCGAAGGCAGGCAAGCAUAGAUUAUUGUCAGAGUCAUUCUGGACAAGGUGGCAGUUGUGCAGAGAACGAUUGUGCUUUUGAACCAGAGUAUGCUAUCCCAACACUCACAGUGCCUGAAGGUAUGCAGCACAUUCGAAUUAUGGAAGGCAUGUCCCGCUCUCUCCCAUCUUCCCCAUUACUAACACAUCAAUCUAUCAGUGUUCGACUGCAGCCUAUGAAGAAAUUGACUGCUCCAUUAAGGAAAGCCAAAUUUGUUGAAAGCCCUCGAAUUCCAGAAUCUGAGCUUGGCUCACCAACACUCAAUUCAACACCAAAACUGGAUCUUGAUGCCUACUGUCCUGGUGAAACUGAACAGGAGCUGGGACCUCCUCCCUCUGUAGAUGAGGCAGCAAACACACUCAUGACUCGCCUUGGCUUCCUUCUGGGAGAAAAAGUGACUGAGCUACAGGCAGGGAAUCAGUAUAACAUGGAAGGACAGGAAGACAAUCAGACUUCAGCAGUUUCCCAGUGAAUAAGUCCUUGUUCUACACUGACCAGCAGUGCUGCUUCACCACCUGCCAGUAGCCCUUGUUUCACCCUCCCUCAAACUAGUGCUAAGGAUGUUAUAGCAAAGGACUGCAAUUAUGGAGCUGUCACAAGUCCUACAUCUACUCUUGAAAGCAGGGAUAGUGGCAUCAUAGCAACUUUGACAAGUUAUUCUGAAAAUGUGGAUCGUGCUAAAUAUGGAGGGGAAAGUAGUAAGGAAUUAGGAUCUGGAGGAAACCUGAAGCCUUGGCAAUCUCAAAAAUCCAAUAUAGACUCCUGUUUAUAUAGAGUAGAUGAAAACAUGACAGCUUCUACAUACAGUUUGAAUAAGAUCCCUGACCGGAAUCUAGAGACCAUUUUAUCUCAGUCAGUACAAUCCAUUCCUCUUUAUCUCAUGCCACGGCCCAAUUCUGUAGCAGCCACCAGCUCAGCCCACUUGGAAGAUCUAGCUUACUUAGAUGAACAGAGGCAUGCUCCUCUACGAACAUCUCUCAGGAUGCCUCGUCAAAGUAUGGUUGGUACCCGCACACAACAGGAUCUAAGAGUUCGUUUUGCACCUUACAGACCUCCUGACAUCUCUUUGAAACCCCUGCUUUUUGAGGUACCUAGCAUCACCACAGAGUCCGUGUUUGUUGGCCGGGAUUGGGUGUUCCAGGAGAUCGAUGUACAUUUACAGAGUACUGAUGCCAGUGUGAACAGAGGUGUGGUGAUAGUUGGAAACAUUGGCUUUGGCAAGACAGCAAUCAUCUCUAGGCUGGUUGCACUGAGCUGUCAUGGCACACGGAUGAGGCAGAUUGCUUCAGACAGUCCCCAUGCAUCCCCAAAACAUGUUGAUGCAAAUCGAGAACUUUCCCUUACUCAGCAACCCUCUGCUCACCCCUCCAUUACCAGUGGCAGUUGUCCCGGAACACCAGAAAUGCGCAGACGUCAAGAAGAAGCUAUGCGAAGACUUGCUGCUCAGGUUGUUGCAUAUCACUAUUGUCAAGCUGAUAAUGCCUACACCUGUCUGGUGCCCGAAUUCGUACACAAUGUAGCAGCCUUGCUCUGCCGUUCACCCCAGUUUGUUGCAUACAGAGAGCAACUGUUGCGUGAACCACAUCUACAAAGCAUGCUUAGUUUGCGAUCCUGUGUUCAAGAUCCUCUUGCAUCUUUCCGGAGGGGAGUCCUAGAACCCUUGGAAAGCCUUCAUAAAGAACGGAAGAUCCCAAAUGAAGACUUCAUCAUAUUGAUUGAUGGCUUAAAUGAAGCUGAAUUUCACAAACCAGAUUAUGGGGAUACAAUUGUAUCAUUUCUCAGCAAAACCAUUGGAAAAUUUCCAUCCUGGCUGAAGCUAAUUGUAACAGUUAGAACAAGUCUACAGGAAAUAAUAAAGUUAUUGCCCUUCCAUAGGAUAUUCCUGGAUAGACUGGAAGAAAAUGAAGCUAUAGAUCAAGAUCUCCAAGCUUAUAUACUACACCGAAUACAGAGCAGCUCGGAAAUACAAAAUAACAUCUCUCUUAAUGGCAAAAUGGACAAUACAACCUUUGGCAAACUCAGUUCUCAUCUCAAAACCCUGAGUCAAGGAUCAUACCUAUACCUUAAGCUCACAUUUGAUCUAAUUGAGAAGGGCUAUUUGGUGUUAAAAAGUUCCAGUUAUAAGGUAGUGCCUGUCUCCCUUUCAGAAGUAUAUCUACUGCAGUGCAAUAUGAAGUUCCCAACACAGUCUUCCUUUGACCGGGUAAUGCCUCUUUUAAAUGUGGCAGUGGCAUCUCUACAUCCUUUGACAGAUGAGCAUAUUUUUCAGGCUAUCAAUGCUGGAAGUAUUGAAGGUACUUUAGAAUGGGAGGACUUUCAGCAAAGAAUGGAAAAUCUUUCUAUGUUUCUUAUCAGACGCAGAGAUAUGACCCGAAUGUUUGUACAUCCUUCAUUUCGAGAAUGGUUGAUUUGGAGAGAUGAAGGAGAAAAGAUCAAGUUUCUUUGUGAUCCUAGGAGUGGUCAUACUUUACUUGCCUUUUGGUUUUCCCGUCAAGAGGGAAAACUCAACAGGCAGCAGACGAUUGAAUUGGGCCAUCAUAUUCUCAAAGCACACAUCUUUAAGGGGCUUAGUAAAAAAGUUGGUGUUUCUUCCUCAAUUCUUCAAGGGCUUUGGAUUUCUUAUAGCUCAGAAGGUCUUUCCAUGGCACUGGCUUCUCUACGCAAUUUGUACACACCCAAUAUAAAGGUCAGUCGUCUGCUGAUCUUGGGAGGUGCCAAUAUCAAUUACAGGACUGAAGUGCUAAACAAUGCCCCAAUUUUGUGUGUCCAGUCUCACCUUGGUUACUCUGAGAUGGUGGCCUUGUUGUUGGAGUUUGGAGCAAACGUUGAUUCUUCUUCUGAAAGUGGCUUAACAUCUCUUGGUUAUGCUGCUGCUGCUGGAUAUUUAAGCAUUGUGGCACUUUUAUGCAAGAAGAGAGCCAAGGUGGAUCACUUGGACAAGAAUGGUCAAUGUGCAUUGGUACAUGCAGCUCUUAGAGGCCACCUGGAGGUUGUCAAAUUUUUGAUUCAGUGUGACUGGACAAUGGCUGGACAGCUACAAGGAGUGUUCAAAAAAAGCCAGGCCAUCCAACAAGCACUCAUUGCUGCUGCUAGCAUGGGAUAUACUGAGAUUGUGUCCUACCUGCUUGAUCUCCCAGAAAAAGAUGAAGAGGAGGUGGAGCGAGCACAAAUCAACAGUUUUGACAGCCUUUGGGGAGAGACAGCUCUAACUGCUGCAGCAGGAAGAGGCAAGUUGGAUGUUUGCCGUCUGCUUCUAGAGCAAGGAGCAGCUGUAGCCCAGCCCAACCGACGAGGGAUUGUUCCUUUAUUCAGUGCCGUUAGGCAAGGCCAUUGGCAGAUUGUGGAUCUCUUGCUCACCCAUGGUGCAGAUGUUAAUAUGGCAGAUAAACAAGGUCGGACUCCUCUAAUGAUGGCAGCUUCAGAGGGGCAUUUGGGCACUGUGGAGUUCUUAUUGGGACAAGGCUCCUCAAUUUCCUUAAUGGACAAAGAAGGAUUAACUGCUCUUAGCUGGGCUUGCCUAAAAGGCCAUCUUUCAGUAGUGCGAACUUUGGUAGAGAGUGGAGCUGCUACAGAUCACGCUGACAAAAAUGGUCGUACUCCAUUGGAUUUAGCAGCUUUUUAUGGAGAUGCAGAGGUGGUUCAGUUUCUGGUGGAUCAUGGUGCCAUGAUUGAGCAUGUGGAUUACAGUGGGAUGCGCCCCCUCGACAGGGCAGUGGGCUGCCGCAAUACUUCCGUUGUAGUUACUCUCUUGAAGAAAGGAGCCAAGAUAGGUCCAGCAACAUGGGCAAUGGCCACUUCCAAACCAGACAUCAUGGUCAUCCUGUUGAGCAAAUUGAUGGAGGAGGGAGACAUGUUUUACAAGAAAGGGAAAGUGAAAGAAGCUGCCCAACGGUAUCAGUAUGCUUUGAAGAAGUUUCCCCGAGAAGGGUUUGGAGAAGAUCUAAAAACUUUCCGGGAACUGAAGGUGUCACUCCUUCUCAACUUAUCACGCUGUCGGAGGAAAAUGAAUGAUUUUGGAAUGGCGGAGGAAUUUGCUACUAAAGCACUGGAGCUGAAACCGAAAUCUUAUGAAGCUUACUAUGCAAGAGCAAGGGCCAAACGCAGCAGCAGGCAGUUUUCAGCAGCACUGGAGGAUUUGAAUGAGGCCAUCAAACUUUGUCCGAACAACCGUGAAAUCCAGCGGCUCCUUCUGCGGGUAGAAGAAGAGUGCAGACAGACCCAGGUGCAACUACAACAACAACCCCUUGCAGCAUCUGAAUCAGAAACACAGGAAGAAGAGUUGUAUGCAGUACAAGACAUCUUGGAAGAAGAAUAUCUUGAGCAAGAUGUAGAAAACAUUUCUGUUGGCUUGCAGACAGAAUCACGACCUAGCCCAACAUUGCCCAUUAUCCAAAGUCCACCAUCUUCACCUGUCCAUCGGGACUCUGCCUACAUCUCCAAUUCACCACUUGGUUCACAUCAGGUCUUUGACUUCAGAUCAAAUAAUUCUGUAGGAUCACCAACAAGGCAAGGAUAUCAACCCACCUCACCAGCACUUUCUCCAACACACCAGAAUUCUCAAUAUAGGCCUAGUCCACCACACACCUCUCCUGCUCACCAGCCCUCCUCUUACCGUUUUAGUCCACCACCAAUUGGUAGCCAAGGAAAGGAUUAUCAAAGCCCCCCUCCUUCACCCCUUCGUAGAGGCCCUCAGUAUCGAGCCAGUCCUCCUGCAGAUAGUGUGAGUGUCUACAGAGCUCAGUCCAGUUCACCAGUACGAUACCAGCAAGAAUCCAACAUCACUCAACUUCCUAGUCGGCCCAAGUCUCCACUUUCUAAAAUGACACAGAGAUCUUUCCAGAUGCUUCCACUACCUGUUGCAGUUCCACAACAAGGACUUAGGUUGCAACCUGCCAAGGCACAGAUUGUCAGAAGCAACCAAUCAAGUUCAGCUGGGCAUUGUAGUACUGUAAUCCCAACAGGAACAUAUGGCCAAGUAUCCCAUUCUGUGGCCAACAAAUUUCAGUCUUCACUGGCAGAAAUGGCUGGGGGCCAAAAUCGGUUGGUGUAUCAGACCUCUAUUGGGGGAAUAGUAGGAGAUGGGCGACCUGUGCAGCAUGUUCAAGCCAGUCUAAGUGCAGGGGCAAUCUGUCAGCAUGGAGGGCUGACUAAAGAGGAUCUUCCACAAAGACCUUCCUCUGCUUAUCGUGGAGGGAUGAGAUAUAGUCAAACUCCACAGAUUGGGCGGAGCCAGUCAGCUUCCUACUAUCCAGUCUGUCAUGCAAAGCUUGAUUUGGAACGUUCCUCUCUACCCUCUAGUCAGCUUGGUUCUCCUGACAUAUCCCAUUUGAUACGAAGGCCCAUUACAGUAAAUUCCAAUGAAAUAAAGCCUCAUCCACCAACUCCAAGACCUCUGCUUCAUUCUCAAAGUGUUGGUCUCAGAUUUUCCCCUUCUAGCAGUAGCAUUUCCUCUACUCCCAAUUUGACUCCCCCAUUCCGACCUUCUGCUUCUGUUCAACAGAUGGAGAUUCCGCUUAAACCAGCAUAUGACAGAUCAUGUGAUGAGCUUUCCCCAGUAUCUCCAACCCAAGGUGGUUACCCCAGUGAACCUGCUCGCUCCAGGACCACACCUUUCAUGGGAAUCAUAGAUAAAACAGCCCGGACUCAGCAGUAUCCUCACCUACACCAACAAAGCAGAACCUGGGCUGUAUCUUCAGUGGAUACCGUUAUAAGCCCUACAUCUCCUGGAAAUCUUCCUCAGCCAGAAACAUUCAGCCCACCUUCUUCAGUCAGCAGCCUUGCCUUUUAUAACAAAACUAACAAUGCACAGAAUGGCCACUUAUUGGAGGAUGACUAUUACAGUCCACACGGGAUUUUGGCCAAUGGCUCCAGAGGAGAGCUUCUAGAAAGAGUUAGCCAAACUUCUUCAUAUCCUGAUGUUAAGGUGGCCAGGACACUGCCUGUUGCACAGGCAUAUCAGGACAACAUCUAUAGGCAACUUUCCAGAGACUCCAGGCAAGGGCAGACAUCCCCAAUCAAACCAAAGAGACCAUUUGUGGAAUCUAAUGUUUAAAAUGGAUGUGUCUUGGAGUAAGAGCCUUUUAAUUUUUAGCACAUUUUUCCUGGCUGAAUUCACAUCUUAUGUUGCUGUUUUUUCUUCCUUUCUAAGAUUUGUAUUUACUAGCAGACUACCACCCAGGGGAUAACCUGUGUUUUCUGUAUGAUAAUGAGGCAGUCCAAGACAUGCUCCAAAUUCUCUUCUAUACACAGCUGACCUCAGAGAAAGCCAGCACCAUACAAUUUUCAGCUGCCAAUUAGUUAAUUAAAUGUACAGUAUGGGGGCUGAGUCAAAUUAUGUACACGCUCAAGGGAAGUAACCAGCUCUUUGAAGAAAAGUUUUAAUUUCAAAAUUGAAUUGAUUUAAAAACAGUCUGACCAUUUUUUUGUGUACUGACCUUUAUUUUUGUUGGGGAAUUACACUUUUCAGUUGGUGUUAGCUCAUUAGGUCCAAAGAGCUGUUAAUCUUUGAAAAUGAGGGAUCUUUGUUUUUAGUAUUAACAAAGAGCUAUGCAUAAAACCCAGUCUGCUUUCUGAUAGGGUUGCACUUUUUUAAAAAAAAUCAUAUUUAUUCUUAGCAUCUUACCUUUACCCUUCUGUUGGUACUAGCUUUUAAAACUGUUAUUUUUUCCAAGUCAUUGAACAAAUAUUUAGGGAGAAAUUAAAGUUCUCUCCACUUCAGCCCAACAGUCAGUGCUGAUUUUAUUCUCUAUCUUAGAUAUCCAGUCAAUUUUCUAGUGCACAUCUUCCUGUUGGAACAAAUCACAUUGGAGACAUGUUGAUAAUCAGUAAAAUUCAUUUAAAAAAAGAAUUAAUCAAAUGCUUUAAAACAUUGGGUCUUCAGAUACUGGAUUAUACUUCACAUCAUCUCUGAUCAUUGUUUAUGUUUCCUAGGGGUAUUGGAGUACUAUCUGGGUAUCUAAAAUUAGAAAACUCUUAUGAAUUUAUAUGUGAAUCAAGAAACCAAUUGUAUGGAGGGUUCAUCUCUAGGGCAGAAACAUAAAUCAGGCCAAAAAAGAAAACAUUUUGCAUUUUGGUCAUUCAGAGGAUAAAUUGGUCUUCUAAAAAUCAUAUUUUCUUUAAAAUAUGUUUUUCUUCAUAUCAUUGUUGCUUAGAAGUGAAUAGCUAGAAUCCUGACCCUUUAAUUUUUCUUCAUUAUUUUUGUCAAACUAUCCUAAUGGUUUUAAAAUACAGAACACCUUCCACUGUGCUUUAUGACACUAUUUUUUUAAAAUGCUGUAUUCAGGAGUUCCUUCAUAUGAAUUGAAGUGUAUGAUAAAAUAUGUUUUUUUCUGUCUCCUGAAAAAGUUCAGAAAGGCAAAGAGAUCAAUGUAACAAUUUUAAUCACUAUUUUCUCUAGUCAUUUCUUGUAUCCUUAUUAUAAGUUGGCAUAUUUCUCUGAGUGAAAUGUAACAUCUCCAAAGUUACAGGUAGUCCUUGACUUACAUUUAUUUAGUGACCAAAGUUACAAUGGCACUGAAAAAUGUGAUUUU